UCUAAUAUGUUUCUCUGUAUUUCGUGGCAAAAAUCAAUUUUCAAUGAACGCGGCGGCAAUAUUAAAGUUUUACAAUUUUAAGUUUGGAUUAAUCUUACGAUCCAGAUUUUUUCUCUACUGACAAUUUUUGAGCAGAUACUUUGAAAUAUUUCUAUUUUGAGUAAUGUAGCUGGACAUACAACUGCAGUCCAGCGUUGAAUUUCCUUUUAGAAAUUCAAUAUUUGCUCCAAAAGGAUGUCAAGGAAAUCCCAUAAUUAAGACAAAGAUGGCAACAGAUCAAGUUCUUGGAGUGGCGGAUUGGGUCAUUUUAUCCCUGAUGCUCAUAAUUUCUGCAGGAAUUGGCGUGUUCUUCCACUUCUUUGGAAACAAGCAGAAAACAACAGAUGACUUUCUUUUGGCGGGAAAGAACAUGUCCAUUUUCCCAGUUUCAUUCUCAUUAAUGGCCACUUUCAUGUCAGCUGCCACAGUCAUUGGAAUUCCGACUGAUAUAUAUCUAUUUGGGACUCACGUAGCUUUCAAAAUAGUUGGUUUUUGUAUUGGUUUAGUAUUGACGUCAUACAUUUUCUUGCCAGUGUACUUCCAAAUGCAAGCCACAACAGCAUAUGAGUACCUCGAGAGAAGAUUCGGAAGAGUUGCUAGAAAACUGUGCUCAUUAACAUUUGUCCUACACAUGGUACUAUAUGUUCCCGUUGCUCUUUAUGCACCGUCAUUAGCAUUGAGUGCAGUGACCAACGUAUCUACAUUUAUGUCUGUCAUCUUGAUUGGAGCAGUCUGUACAUUUUAUUGUGCUUUGGGAGGUAUGAAAGCGGUUUUGUGGACCGAUGCUUUUCAAGGUAUUCUUAUGUUCGUGGGUAUUUUUGGCAGCAUAACCAUAGGUUGCAUUGAUGUUGGAGGGAUUGGGAAGGUGUUUGAAAUUGCGCAAAAGGGAGGAAGACUUGUUGUUCCAGGAUGGGAAUUCGAUCCUACUGCCCGUUACACAAUGUGGAACAUGAUAAUAUCAAGUAUAAUGGCACCCAUGGUAACAUAUGGAGCAAAUCAAGUGCAAGUGCAAAGAUUAUUGACUGUAAGAAACGUUUCAAGGUCCAGAAAGGCUCUUAUAAUAAGUCUUCCACUAUGGUGCUCAUUUUACUUGCUAAAUUGUCUAUCUGGUAUUGUAAUCUAUGCCUUUUUCUCCAAUUGUGACCCUAUGACGUCUCCAGAAAAGCCCAUCUCUGCUCCAGAUCAGCUUGUCCCAUAUUUUGUGAUGACAACUCUACAUCGAUAUCCUGGAUUAGCUGGACUUUGCAUUUGUGGAAUAUUCAGCGCUUCUUUGAGCACCGUGUCUUCAUCAGUGAAUUCAUUGACAGCAGUAACUAUGCAGGAUCUCAUUCGUCCUUUCUUCAUCAACAACAAGAAAUUCACUGAGAGAACUUCUACUUUACUUUCAAAAAUUAUCACCCUGUUUUACGGUACUCUUGGUAUAGUUUUAGCUUUUUCCGUAUCCAAGUUCGGAAACUUAGUAAAAGUAACCUUCCUUCUGUUUGGACUUCUGGGUGGCCCAGUGAUGGCAAUGUUUUUUCUCGGAAUGAUGACUCGAAGAGCAAACGAAAAGGGAGUAAUCGUGGGGUUGUUGGUUUCACUUGCCUUAACCUCCUGGAUAAGUUUUGGAUCCCCUGCGCCUCCAGAACGACCAAAAGUUCUUCCUGUUUCUUUGAAAAGCUGCAAUAAUUUGGAAGCAUCAAACUCAACACUAAAAAUGCAAUACAAAUCCGUGGUUCCCGACAUAAACACGAGAAACAUGGACAACAAUUCAAUGAUUUUCAACAUAAACGAAGAUUUCUCUACGACAGUCGCUCAUGAGAAGAAGUUCUCCGUGCACAAAAUCUCCUUCAUGUGGAUAGGUCCGAUUGGAUUUUUGACUUGCGCUGUGAUAGCAUACCUUUGCAGCAUACUGUUUAUUGCUUUUGGUGCCUGCACGCAAGAGAUUCCUGACGAAUUGCUAAGUCCGGUGUUCAAGUUCUUCUCACGUAAAAUUUCACAGCCAAUUGAGAAGCAGACUAAUAAUAAUGAAAUGGAACGCAAUGGAUUAAAACUAAAGGAAUUUAACAGCAACAACAACGAGAUGUCAAGUCGAUUGUAAUAAUUGAAGUUUUCCAAUGUGUCUGAAAUAAGGACAACGAACAUUUUUAUCAGUGAACAUUAUUACUAUUUAUUCAUUGAGUAUUACUUAUUGCAUCCAGCAAGUAUUUGCAAUCACUGGGAUUUGAAAAUCCUGGAUGCAAAGAAUUAUUUGGGAUGAAGAGUUUGACAUGUUUUGAGGAUCUCAAUAUAAGUGUGAAAACUUGUGUGCAGCCAUGGAUUCGAGAAAAGAAAAACAUAUCAUGUCUUUUCAUUUAAAUACUGUUUACAUUGAAAGCACAAUAAAAUAAACUUGGAUUUAAAAAAAAAAACAUUUCUGGUUGGAAAAAAAAUCGA